GCGGGUCCACCAAAGGAGAGAAAUAAUCUAACAUCGACAACAUCAUCUCGAAGAUCAGAAUCCCAAAGGCGACGACGUGGGAUAGAAAAACAACACAAAGAGAUGAGAGAACAAGAGCAUCGUGAGAAAGGAGCACAAAUUGAAAGAGAAGCAGCUGCAGAACGACGACGAGCACCAAAGGGAAAGGGAAAAGCUAUUACUGAAGAGAAUCCUCCAUGCAAACGGAUGCGCCCGAGUGGUAUACAGAUUAGAGAAAGCGAGGCUGUACCACAUGAGCAUGAAGAUGCAGAGUCAUAUGAAGAGUCGGUUGUAUUACAUAGGAGAGUUGGUAGCACAUCAGACGCUCAAAACACUGAAAUGCCGUCUAUUAAUGUUAGAGAAGAUGAUGGGGUGUCGGAUACUUACGAAAUUGACGAAGUAGAUUACGACACUGACGAAUUACAUGAUUCAAAUACUUUUAUGAAUCAGGUAGCUGUUGUUGCUACCGAUGUACGUCAUUUUCUGGGACAAAUGGAUGUCAAAUGUCAGCAUUGCGGGGCAUUGCACUGGAUGGCAGAAAAACAUACAAAUUCAUUUUUAAUAAACCCAAAAUUUGGUUCAUGUUGUCUCCAAGGCAAAGUUUGCCUACCGUCACUGUGUGAACCACCGGUAGCCGUCAGAGAAUUGUUUGACGGAACCGACGCCGAAUCAAUUUCUUUUCGGAAAUAUAUUCGAGAGUAUAAUACAACUAAUGCGUUUACUAGCCUUGGAUGCAAAUUAGAUACAAGAGAUUUGAAAGGGAGAGGUCCGAGACCUUUCUCAAUACAUGGGGAGUUGAGACAUUUAACCGGAGGUGUUCUACCAGCUCCUGGGACUGAGAGGAUGGCGGUUUACUCCCAACUGUACAUCUAUGAUCCAGAAUUUUCAUUGUUUGUCCGUGGCAAAAGAAAUCCUCAGUUAAAUAUGAAUGUCCUACAGAAAAUUCAGAAUACUAUGAUCCAAUUCAAUGUUUUUUAUACCAAGUAUCGUCAGGCUUAUGCAAUUUUAGACCAGAUGAGUCCGGCCGACCAGAAUAUCAGAGUUUCACUUCAAUAUAAAAAGUCGACUGAUAGUAGGCGUUAUAAUCUUCCGACAACAGAUGAGAUUGCGGUUAUCGUUCCAGAAAAUACUUAUAAGGAGACUGGGGUGCGAGAUAUUAUAUUGCAUUUGAGAGAAAACAACGGAUUGAAACAAAUUUCGGAGUGUCAUCCGGCAUACUUGCCUUUACAUUAUGUUUUACUAUUUCCUUUUGGUGAGCUGGGAUGGUCACCAACAAUGAGGCAAUGGGAUGCAGUCACCAAAACCUAUACGAAAACAAAAUUAUCUCAAAUGAAGUAUUACAGUUACCGCAUAUUUGAACGUGCAGAAGAAUAUUCAAUCAUCUUAAGAGCCGAAAAAAUAUUUCAAGAGUUCUUAGUUGAUGCAUGGGCUGCUACAGAGCAAAGUAAGUUGGCAUGGCUCAGAUUCAACCAACCAACUCUGCGUUCUGACCUCUACAUUUGCAUUGCUGAUAUGACAAAUGCGGAUUUAAAUCCGGGUGAUAGAGGUAAUCCUGUUAUUUUACCAUCUUCACACACUGGAAGCGGGAGGAAUAUGUACGAGAUAUACCAGGAUUCGAUGGCUAUUACACGUUUUCAUCACCAUCCAGAUAUUUUUCUUACAAUGACUGCAAACCCAAAUUGGACAGAAAUAAAAAAAUGCACUUUUACCCAAUCAGAGUGUCACUGAUCGUCCUGAUUUGGUAGCUCGAGUUUUUGAGCUGAAA